CAUGAUGCAGCGCGGCUCGUGCAGAUGUUUUCAGAGCUCAGACUGAAGAGAUUUCACGCUAAGCUAACGACCUGAAGCUCUGCACUUGAACCAGUCUCAAUGCACUCAUCGAAGGUGUAGAGAUACAAGAGUCUCCAAGAUAACACACAAUCUUGGGUUAUGGCGACCAGUGGCGGGGAUGAUGAGUUUGAUGAAUAUGAUAAGCCUGGUGCUGAAAGGUCAAGAAGACGGAGAGGAGAUGAUGAUGAUUUGGAAAGUGAUUUGGAGGAGGGAGACUUACUUGAAGAAGAUUGGCUGUCAUCAAAAAAGAACCCCUCAGAGCUGUCAGAUGAGGAGCUUAAUGAUGACCUGUUACAAAGUGAUGAAGAAGACCAAAAUGCAAGUGCUCAGGGUGACGUUGUGAGCUUAAAUGCCACACUGGGUCUGGGCACGUUUGGUCACCUUCACGAUGAAGACCCUGACGGAGGUGGAUACACUGAAUACGCCUAUGAAGGGACAGGGGGGGGGCAACCGGGUUUCUCUCAGGGUGAGGAGUAUGAGGGAGAUAUGUACCAAGGAGAGCAUGAAGAGGUGGAAUACCCAGGAGACCUGAAUUGUGAUGAAUAUCAAGAUGAAGUGUUGGACCUACAGAUCGACAAGCCACUGGAUGAUGAUUUUCAAGUGGAUGAAUACCCAACUGAGUAUAGUGAAGAGCAGACUGACCAGCAAGAAGUACCUGGGGAGGAGGAGGAGGAAACUGAGGAGCAGGAUGGCUCUCAGAUGGAGAAUGAAAACGAUCCAGAAGCUGAGGCUGAGCUAGAGACUGAUGUAAAAGAGGAGUCCGAUGAGGAGGAGGAGGAUGUUGAAGAAUCCGGACGUCUGCGAUUUAAGACAGAGCGCAAAGAUGACACAGUGGUCAGACUCUCUGAUGCUACAAGUAAAAGAAGGAACAUCCCAGAAACAUUAGAGCUCUCUGAUGAUGCUAAAGCAGACCUGCGGGAGUUUGAGGAAAGGGAACUUCAGAGGAAGCAGGGCCGUUUUGGAGGACGAGGACGAAGAAGAGGAGCGGAUGGAGGGAGGGGAGGAAUGGCAGGUAGAGGUGGGAUCAGAGGAAGGGGAGGACCAGGAGGACGAGGAGUCAGUGGAAGAGGCAAUUUCCCUCUAUUUGGAAUGGGAGGUUUCCGCGGUGAUGGAGUUGGAGGUCGAGGGAGAAUAAAUGAGCAAAGGCCUCCGCUGAUGCAAAUGAACUUGGGGAUGCAGCAACAACUCAGAAUGACUCCUCCACUUCAGCAUCACCACCAUCAGUCUCGUCUGCCUGGUCUGAGGGGCAGUGGGGGUCCUGGGCUAUUCCCGGACCCGGGCACCCCAAUUCCUCAGCAGCCACUGCAGCUGUUUAUGCCACGUCUGGCCCACCAUUCCCCAGGGCCCAGAACACAACAUGACACGCACGUACCUCGCUCAUUGAACUCACCGCUGCGGCACUCACUUGCACAUCCCAACCAACACCAGCAGCAUCAACAGCAUCACCACAAGAACAUUCACAUCAACCCUCACUUCAGAGGACCCUCCUCCUCACCUGUGCAAGUGCCUCCUGUGCAGAACCAACCGAGGCCUAACUUCAGUCCACAGAGACCCCCGGCUCCUCCUGAUUUCCAGCAACAUCUCCAAGGGAAUUUUGGCCCACCUCAGCGGCCUCUACCCCACCAGGAGCAAUGGAGAGGACCACCGCCACAUCAUCAGGAUCCAGAGCACUUCUUCUCCGGUGAACCACGUUUUUCGGGCCAGCACUUAUAUGACCAGCCAGGUCCUGCCCCCCUCAUGAAUAACAGUGCUCUUUCGUUAUCGGGGCAAGGUCCGCCAUCUUUCCCCCUACAAGGGGGACUCAGAAGCCCUGGAUUUGGCUCUCUGGGGCUUGGGCAGAACCAAGGGCCUCAAGGAGGAGGUAUUUUCCAAAGAGAGCCCCCUCGGACGGGUUUGGCCCCGCAGCAUGGAGGUCCUCGUGGCUUUGGGGGUCACAAACAGCCCUUCUCACCCCAACAGCAGGGACCCCCCUUUAGCUCACAGCACAUGCAGUUUGGUAUGCAGGUACGCCAGAGAGGUUUAUUGCAGCUGCCCCUGCACCAUGAUCUGCCACUAUCACAUCAAUCCUUGCACCAGCAACACAGACAGGACUUGCCCCUCCAGGGUCCACCUCACACCCAGCCUCCACCCCAACACCAACACCACCCAAGGGACCAACAUCCCAUGGUGCACCUCUCUCAGCCCCACUUUCCCCGGAUGAUUCAAAGGGACCAAAGACAGAUGCAGUCCCAAACACAGGGCAACCAGCAACGAAACAACCAUGCCAGACCUAAAAUGAUGCCUCGUCCUCCACUGCAGCAGUUUCCUACUCAACGCAACAGCAAUCUCCGUGAGCUGCCCAUCGCCACAAGCAACAAUAAUCGCCCGCCAGUGCCUGGUGGGCAAGCAAAGUCUGUUAGCAGGGCAGCACAGAAUGUUAGGCAAGGGCAGGCUGUGCCUGAGAUGAAGAAAGAGUGUCCAGCUGCACAGUCAAGCACCACUUCAGAGGACCCAGAUGAAGAUGAGGAGACACGUCAGUACCGACUGAAGAUCGAGGAACAGAAGCGUCUGCGAGAAGAGAUCCUCAAGCGUAAAGAGCAGCGCAGACAGAUGCAGGCUGGGAUACGCAAAAAAGAGCUGAUGGAACGGAUAAGUAGCCAGAACCCAAACCAGACUCCACAAACUCAGAACCCCACACCGUUCCCUGCAGCCCAGACCCCACAGCCGGUCCCUUCACUGAUCUCUAACGGCACCCCCCAGAACCCUUCGUCAGGUCUUAGUUCCCCUUGUCCAAAUGUGAAGGCCCGACUGCAGAACACUAAUCCUCAGGCACAGACUUCAGGCUGGUCUGGGCCGCAGAAGCAACAGAACGCUGCUCCUGAAGCCAGCACGCAGGGCCAAUGGCAACCGCCGCAGAAGAGGACCAUGACCCCUCAAAACAUUCAAAGACCAGGUGCUGCUCAGACCAGCCCAUCAGAAGGGCCAGUGGGUCAGCCUCAACCUGGAGGAAAGAGAACAGUGAUGCAAAGAACAAACAACAUAGAACCACCACAGGUCCCACAGAAAGUGCGACUAGUUAAACUUCAGGGAGAGCAGGCAGAUGCUGGUCCCAUCACUGGUCCCCCACAGCAGCAGCAGCAACAACCAAUCGGUCGGCCUGCCCCCCAACAGAGACUUGGUCCCAUCAGGAAAGUUUCCAUGGCAACUGGUGGUAUACAAAAUCAACAACAGGCUGGUCGUGGCACAGCAAACCAAACGAACCGGGUGGUGGUUCGGGGUCGAGCCCGUGGCCGUGGCCGGGGUGGGGGGCGUGUGAUGCAGCAGAACCCAAGAGCUCAGGACUGUCAGCGAAGCACUGUCUGCAUCGAAGGGUUCUCUACCACCACAACCAACAAACAGAUCAUGAACCUUCUCAACUCCAUUGGCCCUCUUGAGAUGUUUACAAUGUUGCCAGAGCAGCGGAAGGCCAUUGCCAAGUUUGUGAACCCACAGCAUGCAGUGAGUUUUCAGCACAGCUUUCACAGGCACAUGAUAGAUUUGUCUCACAUCGAUGUUUCCGUUAUUGAUGACUGAGGAACAAGUCAGUUCAACAGAGAAGACGAAGAGAAGUGAACAAGAAGAGAACGUCUAUUUCUGAAAGACAGACGCACAAUCGGGAGGCUGAAGCUGUGGGAUCUGUGUGGAGAGGAAUCACAAAUAUGCUGGAAAUGGCACAGCACUGAACUCAUGUCGUGACUGACUUUGUUUCUGUACUUUCAUUUAUAUAUGGAGUAAUCCCUAAUGGUCCAAGCCAGCAGGUGAAAAGAGAGACAGAGAUAUGAAAACCAAGACAUUUUUAUGCCAGUUGAUAACAGUUGCUCCCAUCCUCAAGCUCUCAACAUAAUUAGAACAAAUAUUUUGAAUGGCCGGUUUUAGUCAAAUAGGAAUCAUUUAAAAAUAUAUUUUGUAUGUAUAUAUUUAUAUUUUUGUGUAAUUUCCACAGUCGUUGACGGGUGGUUUGGCCUGAUUGAACAGUAAUGUGUAUGCUGCAGUUGUUCAUGUGACCUGUAGAGGGCAGCAGAUGUCUUCUGUAUAGAGCUCUGUCUCUUGUGGAAUAUCAGAGAAUAAAGCACUGCUUGCUAGAAAUGUUGAAGUGCUGGUAUAGAAACUCAGGGGCAUGUUUGGGUUGAGCUUUUUUUAUUUUUUUUUUUUUAUUUUGGAAGUCACUGUGAUAUAGCAGGUGUCUUUUUUUGUGCAGUUUUCUAUGACUCUUCAUGAUCUCAAGUUUCUUCAUCGUCCCUUUCACCAUUGUAAUUGUAUUGCAGUUGAGGUUUGUUCUGCGGAGCUGGAGUGGUGGUUCGUGACGUGUGUCUUUGUGACCUAAAGACAGCUGAAAAACGAUUUGACAAUAAAUGGCUUUUCUACUUUGAUUUUAAGUCUUGGUGCUGGAAUUGAGUAUUUAGAUUAUUUUAAUUGUUGUUAGAAAUAGCUUCUCAGCUAGUAUUAAAGGCAAUCAGAAAGUCUCCCCCUUCAGUAAUGCUACUUUUUAAUGCGUUUCGUUUUCUUUCCUCAGAGUUCAGCAAGUAUGGUGCGUGGAAGAGGAUUGCUGAAUCUUGGAUUUUAUUGCUGAAGCUCUGUUUGCUUGUCUAGAGCACUAGAUGCGUUUAUGAAUUGUGAAGAGGUCACAGCUGUCCUGUUUACAACAACAGCUUGGUCAUAUGUUUGUGAAGAAAGACAUAUUUUGGACUAUUAGUAAUUAUAUUCUUAUAGCUUUGGCUCCGUUAAUUGUUUUGAAGCUGGUCAGAUGGGAAUGCAGAUCAGGAUUGGUCAAAAUCAGCUGUCAAGUGGCCUAUAUUUUCCCAUUUACUUUAUAAGUUGUUACCCAAGCUUUAGAUUUUUGGAUUUUUAUUUUUUUUUAAAUCCCAUACAUUUUCAUUCUCCAGUCAAUAUAUUACACUAUAAUAUAAUUAAAAAUGAUUGCAUGGCUUCAAUCAUGAGUAUUUCACUCCUCAAACUGUUGUUACAUCAGCAUUAUUAUUUAUACUAAUAAUAAUAAUAGUCCGUCAGUACUGUGCAAGCAUAGUGCUUGGUUAUGUCUAAUUGUACAGCUUAAUAUAAACUGUCACUUCAUGGCCCCAGAAAUGAUCUUAGAUCUAGUGCAUUACAGUUUUCAUAUUUGUGACUAAUGUUAAUCCAACUAAUUUACAUUAUAGGCACAAACAAAGUGUUGUUGUAGCAUUUAAAAUAUCUCUGUUCUAGAUAAUAUAACAAAAUCUAAUCAACAAUUAUGUCUGUGGAUAUUAGCACAUCCAGGGCUGCAGUUUCAAAGGAUUUGGGAGCAACUGUUAUCCGUGGUCACUUUCUUGUAUAUAAUGAACAAAAAAAAAAAAAAAAAAGUGUAUGAAGCUGUCAAGUUUGUUGUUUUCUCAUCUUGAAAUCUUUCCGUGUUUGAAAAUACCGAACUAGUACGUGACUGGUGAAUUUCUUUUCUCAGUUUGUUUAUAUAUAUAUAUAUAUAUAUA